UUAUUCUUCCCUCACACAUUUCCCAUUUUUGUUUCAUUCACAUUUUCAUCUUCUUUCAUUUUAUCAAAAAAAUAAUAAAAAUGAAUAUUAUUACUCCAUAAAUCUAGCAUUCUAACAAACUCUCCGAAUCUAUCGGUGAUUAGAUUUUAAAAAAAGAAAAAUGGAAGAGACAUUUGUGCCAUUUCAAGGUAUCAAAAAUGAUAUCAAUGGACGAUUAAAGUGUUACAAACAGGAUUGGACCGGCGGUUUUCGUGCCGGUUUUCGAAUUUUGGCUCCAACGACGUACAUAUUCUUUGCAUCAGCAAUUCCGGUUAUAUCAUUUGGGGAACAACUAGAACGAAAUACCGAAGGAGCAUUAACAGCCGUUCAGACGUUGGCUUCCACUGCAAUAUGUGGAAUCAUACAUUCCAUCAUUGGAGGUCAACCGUUGUUGAUUUUAGGUGUUGCUGAGCCUACUGUACUUAUGUAUACUUUUAUGUAUAACUUUGCUAAGCAAAGACCCGAGUUGGGUCAUAACUUGUUUCUUGCAUGGUCUGGAUGGGUAUGUGUGUGGACUGCUGCUUUGUUGUUCAUCUUAGCGAUACUAGGAGCGUGUUCUAUAAUUAACCGGUUUACACGUGUUGCUGGUGAACUUUUUGGUCUACUUAUUGCCAUGUUGUUUAUGCAACAAGCAAUUAGAGGACUAGUAGAUGAGUUUGGCAUACCAGAACGAGCAAAUUUGAAGUCAGUCGAGUUUAUUCCUUCAUGGAGAUUUGCCAAUGGAAUGUUUGCACUUGUUUUGUCCUUUGGCCUUUUACUGACUGGAUUGAAAAGCCGAAAAGCUAGAUCAUGGAGAUAUGGUUCUGGAUGGAUUAGAAGCCUUAUUGCAGAUUAUGGUGUGCCCCUUAUGGUCCUUGUCUGGACAGGCGUGUCCUAUGCACCGUCUGGAAGUAUUCCAAAAGGAAUCCCAAGGCGUCUCUUUAGCCCAAAUCCCUGGUCUCCUGGUGCAUAUGAGAACUGGACCGUUAUCAAGGAUAUGCUAGAUGUGCCUGUUAUCUUCAUAUUUGGAGCUUUUGUUCCAGCAACUAUGAUCGCUGUACUGUACUACUUUGACCACAGUGUGGCAUCUCAACUUGCUCAGCAGAAAGAAUUCAAUUUGAGAAAGCCUCCUUCUUUUCACUAUGACUUGCUCCUUUUGGGAUUUUUGACAUUACUUUGUGGUCUUCUUGGUAUACCCCCAUCUAAUGGUGUAAUUCCGCAAUCUCCAAUGCAUACCAAGAGUCUUGCUACUCUGAAACACCAGUUGCUAAGAAAUCGACUUGUUAAGACUGCUCGUGAAAGUAUGAACAUGAACUCAAGUUUAGGACAGUUAUAUGGAAACAUGCAAGAAGCAUAUCAUCAAAUGCAGACUCCAUUAGUUCACCAAGCACCGUCAGAUUGUGGGUUGAAGGAACUAAAGGCAUCAACGAUACAACUAGCUUCAAACAUGGGGAACAUAGAUGCACCAGUGGAUGAGACUAUAUUUGAUGUGGAGAAAGAGAUAGAUGAUCUAUUACCUGUUGAAGUCAAAGAACAGCGUGUAAGUGGACUACUUCAGGCAUGUAUGGUUGGAGGGUGUGUUGCAGCCAUGCCGUUGCUAAAACUGAUCCCAACUUCAGUUCUUUGGGGUUACUUUGCUUUCAUGGCUAUUGAAAGCUUACCUGGAAACCAAUUCUGGGAAAGAAUAUUACUCCUCUUCACUGCACCAAGCCGUAGAUUCAAAGUUCUGGAAGAUUACCAUGCAACAUUUGUGGAAACUGUUCCAUUCAGGACUAUUGCAACAUUCACUUUAUUCCAAACGACGUACCUACUCAUCUGUUUCGGGCUUACAUGGGUUCCAAUUGCGGGACUUCUGUUCCCGUUGAUGAUUAUGUUGUUAGUUCCCGUGCGACAAUACAUUUUGCCAAAGUUCUUCAAAGGUGUACACCUACAGGAUCUGGAUGCCGCAGAGUAUGAAGAGACCCCUGCGAUACCUUUUCAUUAUCCUCAGGAUGGUGAAUUUGGGGCUAGAACUCCAACUACAGAUGUGGGAGAAGUGCUCGAUGAGGUGAUUACAAGAAGCCGGGGUGAGAUCAGGCGUACGUGCAGUUCAAGAGUGACAAGCACCACCGCAACCCCAGUAAGAGAUGGCAAAAAUCUUCAAAGUCCACGGUUAUCCAUAUACAGUCCCAGGGUCAAUGAAUUGAGAGCAAUGCAUAGUCCUCGAUCUGCUGCAAGAGAACCUUUUAGUCCAACUGUGCCAUCUUCUUUGGGAAAAAGUCCCCGUAAUUGAACUCAAAAUUCUGUAAUGCACGCCGCUGGGUUACUGUUCUGCCAUCUCUCAUUUGUUUCUUAAUACACCCUUUGUUGUAACAGGAUAACCUGUGUCGGUUUCUUGUAAUUAUUAUGGUAGUAAUGUAUAUUAACGUUUGCAGACAGUUUAGAAUAAUUACCACCUGGUUUCAACUAAACGAAACUAGAUUUAUAUAAUGUCUAUCUCAUUUUGCCCA